AUGUUCAGCUGUUUCCAAGAAUGUAUCUUCGGAAGGGCGAAAAAGUCACGAUCCCCGGAGUCCAUUGCCUCCACUAUUGUCACCAAGAUCCUCAAUGCCGACACACCCUACUCACUCCACAAGGAAGUGAGCGAAGAGCUUUCAGCCGAGGGUUGGUCCGACGCCAUAGCACAGGCUAUCCUCCGCGGCUUAGAGAAUGCGGUCAAAGCCGGUGCGGACAUGGCGCAAGCUGCGUCUGAUGCUGCAGCCAAAAGCAAAAACGCCGCUGUUGGCUUUGCAACCGAUCAUCCUGUCUACGCUACAUUGAUUGCAAUGGGUAUGCUGGCCUUGUUGACACCGUUGGCUCUUGAGAUGCUUGGGUUUGCGGAGUCGGGUCCAGUUGCGGGCUCGUUCGCAGCUGCAUGGCAACGAACUUAUCGUGGAUAUGUGCCCAAGAAAACUUUGUUUGGAUAUUUUCAGAGGCUGGGAAUGAAAUGGCAUUGGGUUUAUUAG